AUGGAGUCCACCCUCCCAAAACCUGGAGCAGGCGCUGCAGGUGUUCAGCAGCCAGUAGCCGUCCCUCCUGGUGGUUUGCAGCCGCUCGCUGAGGUUCCAGAGCCUGCAGACCAGGGAAAGGUAGAUGGAACCAAGAGUGAAAAUGAACUCCCUGCCGGAGAAGGAGAUGGAAAGAUGUUCUCACUUGACAGUUCUCUGUCAUCCUCGGACAGCGAGGAUGAGGGUAUCGGCAAGAAAGACAAGAAGAAGAAGAAGAAGAAGCUCAAGAAAAAGAAGAAAUAUAACUUCCCUAACUCCCCCGCCUCUUUCUCAAUAGGAUUCUGGCUCAUCCUCAUCUUCCUCCUCUCUUCUUCCUCCAGUGGCUCUUCAGACAGUGACAGUGCGGAGGACAGGAAGGUGAAGAAGAAGAGGAAAAAGGAUGACCAGAGAGAGUAUGUCUGGGACACUGUUAUCACGUGCUGCGAUGAUCAACUAGAACAGGAUUUCACCUCAUCAGAUGAGGAGGAUGACAAGAAGAAAGACAAGAAAAAGAAGAAGAAGAAGGACAAAAAGAAGAAGAAAAAGAAGAAGAAGGAUUCGUCUUCAUCUUCAUCUGACAGUUCAUCCUCCGACAGUGAAGAUGAAAAGAAAAAGAAGAAGAAAAAGAAGAAGAAGAAGAAAAAGAAGAAGAAGGAUUCAUCUUCAUCUUCAUCUGACAGUUCAUCCUCUGACAGUGAGGAUGAAAAGAAAAAGAAGAAGAAGAAAAAGAAGAAGAAGAAGAAGAAGGACUCCAGCUCCUCUUCCUCAGACAGUUCUUCCUCAUCAUCCUCCUCCUCUGACAGCGAGGAUGACAAAAAGAAAAAGAAGAAGAAAGACAAGAAGAAGAAAAAAAAGAAAGACAAGAAAAAGGAUUCUAGCUCUUCAUCUUCUGACAGCGAGAAAGAUAAGGAGAAAAAGAAGAAGGACAAGAAAAAGAAGAAGAAGAAGGAUGAACAGCAAAAUGAGCUUUGCAUUGCUCCAUCUCUCUCAGCACUUUAUGGUGAAAUUGCAGAACCAUGUGAUGAUGGAGAUAAGAAGAAAGCUGCGGACAAGGCCAAGAAAGAGCCUAAAGCAACAGGAGAAGACAAACUGUCCAUUGUCUGGCCAGAGGAAGCAAAAGCAUUCCCUGGUUGUAUUGAGGAAGGCAACCUGAGUGAUGAUGAGGGAGAAGGAGGGAAGGACAAGGAGAAAAAGAAGAAGUUGAAGAAGAAGAAAAAGGAUUCUGGCUCAUCUUCAGGCAGUGAUGAUGAUAAAAAAGACAAGAAGAAGAAAAAGAAAAAGAAGGAAAAGGACUCCUCCAGCUCUUCCUCUUCUUCAUCCUCUGAUAGCUCUUCCUCAGACAGCGAGGAUGACAAGAAGAAAAAGAAGAAGAUGAAGAAGAAGAAGGACAAGGAUUCCAGCUCCUCCUCCUCUUCUUCAUCUUCUGAUAGUGAAGAUGACAAGAAGAAGAAGAAGAAGAAAAAGAAGAAGACUAAGAAGAAGAAGGACAAGGAUUCCAGCUCUUCCUCCUCUUCUUCUGAUAGUGAAGAUGACAAGAAGAAGAAGAAGAAGAAGAAGAAAAAGAAGAAGACAAAGAAGAAGAAGGAUAAGGAUUCCAGCUCUUCCUCAUCCUCUGAUAGUGAAGAGGACAAGAAGAAAAAGAAGAAGAAGAAGAAGAAGAAGAAGAAGUGCAGCUCUUCUGAUGAUAGCUCCUCCUCUUCCUCUGAUAGUGAUGAUGACAAGAAGAAAAAGUCAAAGAAAGAUAAGAAAAAGAAGAAAGAUAAGAAGAAGAAAAAGGACAAAAAGAAGAAGAAGGAUUCUUCCUCUGACUCCUCCAGCGAUUCUUCUAGCGGUGAUGAGAAGAAGAAAAAGAAAAAGAAGAAAAAGGAUAAAAAAAAGAAGAAGAAGAACAAGAAAGAUAAGAAAAAGGACUCAGAUUCUUCUAGCAGUGAUGACGACAAGAAGAAAAAGAAGAAGAAAGACAAGAAGAAGAAAAAGAAGAAGGACAAAAAGAAGGACUCGAGCUCCAGUUCAUCUGAUAGUUUCAAGGGCAGUGAUAAGGAAAAUAAAAAGGACGAGGCAGACAAGAAGGACAAGAAAAAGAGUUCAGGUUCAUCGGGAAGUGAAACUGAAAAGAUGAGAAGCCCUCUUGGUGAAAUAAGCGGCGAGCCAAAAAUGGAAACUCCUGGCUCCGGUGGGGGCGGACUUUCAGGUCCAUGUAGCAGCUUCUCUAAGCCUGCUGGUGCUCCUUCCGAUGCUCCUGUUGUUGCUCCAGUUGGGGCUCCUUCUGGUGCUCAUGUCUCCUACGUGUCACUCCCAUCCAAACCCCUUGUAAAGCUGGAUCCAAGUCUCUCAGCAGCCUCCAAGCCCUCUCUCCCUGCCUCCUCCUUCAGUUUCGGGGAUAGGGCUACCAUUCGCAGACCUCCCAGCCCCAUGGAGUCCCUGAUGGGGAGCCCAAGGAGGUACGGAGAUGCAGGGACCCGUUCCACCUCCCACCUCUCCUCUAGUGACCUAUUGAAAGGCCCUAGGCCUUACCAAUCAUGAGAUGUCAUAGAUCAAAUAAGAUGUUACUGACACAGCUUACAUGACCCUUGAGGAUGUUAUGAUGAUUUAUGCUCUAAUGAUGCUUUAAGUGCCUUCAUUUUACGCAACAAACUGUUCAACUUUAGGAAGAUAAUUACCCCAUGAAAAAUGAAUUGAAUUAAAAAGUAUGAAUAGCCCUUAAUUAGCUUUUUUAAUUGGUAAGACUAAGCACAUUUGUGGCAGAAUCGUCAUUUUAUAAUCACAUGAAAUAAUUCAAAAUCCUUGCUGUGCAGAAUAAAAAAAACACCAUUUUAUUUGUUUUGUUUGCUGUCUACUUCUUAUGUUGCCUUCAGGUACUCCAUCCAAUCCCAGGGUCUGCAGGUCCGAAGCGAGAACUGAGAUGAUGGUCACUGUAGCUGUUUAGCGUCUUCGGAUGUGGACAUUUACAUUGUGCUGGAGCUUCUGAAUGAAGAGGGAAAUGGGAAUAAUCCCACCGUCAGAUGUUGUACUAAAGUAAUAAUGUUUUAGGUUUGGUUUAUAUGACGGUUUUUAAUACUAGCGAGAUACUCACCAGAAACAUUGGUUAUACAUUUUUUUUAAAAGGCUGAACAUUUAGCAGUUUUACAACCUGCACGCUAUAAUGAGGUGCUUCCUCUCACAUUUUCAGAAUGUUGGUCCUGGAAGUGAUGUUAUUGAACUUAAAAAUAACAGGAGCUGGUAACAAUAUGACAAACACAAUGUUCUAUGUUCUGUAACUUCAAUUUAUAUUGUCAGAUGAUCCUACAUUGGAUCACAAAAGUGCAUCUUGUCCCCCAAUACUAACUUUUAACUAUUUAACAUUUACAGACUUAUAGUUAGAACUGGUGCGAUUUUCCUAACAAAUAUUCUAGAUUUUAGAACUUUCACCUUAAUUAAAAAGGAUUCAAUUAGUUGUGAAAUAUAUCACGUUCAAAUCAGAGAAAUGGUCAAUUAAGUGCUAAAUGUAUCGUUUGGUAUUGAUGAUAAAGGUACACGUUAAACUCAGAUUAUGUACAUUUUGAAAGAAAAAAUAAAGUCCAAAAAAUAAAAGUUAAAGUUGCAAUAAAACGCAACCUCACCCAGUUUAAUGCACUCAGGUAUUAUGUUGCUGCUUAGGACAUUCAACUUGUAUCCAUUCCACCCUUCAAUAAAAGUUAUCUUUCUCUGCAGGUUUAUGGUUUGUGUUUUAAACAAACAGUUCUUAAAUUAAAUAUCUCCACCUGCAGUUGAAAGUAGCUCCUCUCGUAAAGUGGCUGGGGGCGUGUUUUGGUCACGUGAUUGAGGUGCGGUUUAUCCAGUUUCCUGUUUGUGUCACAAGCAGCAGGGAAGGUGUCUUGUUGGGAAAAGCUCAGCAACAAAAAUGUCUUUCGAUCUGGCGUCAGCUUUAGGUGGGGGGGAAGAGGAUGUGAAGAAGGGGGAAGCUCAGAAGGAUGAGAUUAAGUUGCCCUGGAAGAAGGACAAGGGAGACUGCAAGGACAAGUCCGACUCAACACACAAGUCUGACAAAGAUCACAAGUCUGAUAAAAAGCACACAUCCGACAAAGACGACAAGUCCCACAAAUCGCAUAAAUCUGAUAAAAAGCACAAGUCUGACAAAAAGCACAAGGACAAGCACGACAAAGACCACAAGAAGAAGGACAAGAAGAAGAAGGAAAGGAAGGAGGGACAUUCAUCAGGCUCCUCGUCGUCUUCAUCCUCCAGCAGUGAUGAUGAGUAAAUGCCGCUGAUCUGAAACCCAGGAGUGUUCAUCUAACAGCUAAGGAUUGAUGCUUCCUGAGGGACCGACCGGACUGCUCUGUCAGUCUCUUGUGAUCUGAAUAAACUAAAUUAAUGUGUUUGUUUGAGUGUGCAAUAGAGCCAAGCUUUCUCUGUGUCCUGUCAUUGAUGUCACUGAAACAUGCUGGUGCUGUGUAUACUGCUGAUUAAUUGAAGUAAAUGUUUUAACAAAAAAAGGCUUGUUUGUUUUUUUCCCCCUCCAGUUCUAAAUAAAAGUGCAUUAUCUUCACCACAAGGUGACAGUGUUGUAUAUAAUAAGAUACUUUAAAGUUCAAAUACAUAUUGAAUUUAUAUUUAAGGAUUAAAAAAUAUGGAGAAUGUUGUUACUUUUCAUUGCAUUUAUUUUUGUUUUAAUGCCAAAAUAGAAAUAGAUAUAUUCAUUUAUUCUCAGAAAAAGACAAUGUAAGACACAGUAAUCAUGCUGUAGAUCGUGUUUUGUCUCAUGUGCUUUGUUGUAUAGUGAUUGAUCGUUUUCCUUUAUAUCGUGUUGAGGAAACUACAAAUAUAUUUAUAUGUAUUGUUACUACAUUUUUAAAGAGAGGUACAUUUCAUUCAAUUUAUUUUUCUGCGGUUGUUGAGGGCAAGUUCGUUAUUGAAUAUAGACUUACAGAAGGGUAAAACACUUCUGUACUUUACUAAGAUUGGCUACUAACCUCUUUUACAGAGCUAAGUGACAUGUUAUUUAAAUGCAGCAGUUAGGGUUUGGGUUAUUUGCAAUGUUUUAUAUGUUCAUUGCAUGCAGACUGCAACUUUUCAGGUACCAUUGCCCUUGUUUACGAAGGGUUUUUCAGAAUGCUGUUAAAUGUGUUGAGCUGCAUGAAUCCAAUCUGUCCUCAGAUGACGAGAGUUUCUUAGGAAUCAGAGAUAAUCAUACAGUAUGACUUGGAAAACAAGAUGCUCUGCAUUCUCUAACAUCUAGUUUUCAUUAUUGGAAAUACGCACUGUUCCUUCUAAGUAUAGCUACUGUUGUAGAGUCACACCCUUCUACCCAGGCUGCACCUCUUAUCCCCAGCAACAUACAACACUAUGUUAGUAAGACAAAGUACCAAACAAAAAAUGUUACUUUUCAAAUAACUAUUUUGGAAUUAUAUUAGAAUUUAAAAUACGUGUUCAAAAGUGCAAGUACAUUUCCAAAACUACUGGAAGUGCCGCAGUUUUGAAUGUCUUGUUCUGUACUGUUUUUGUUGUACACCCACAAAAUGAACCUUGAAACAAGUUGUUUUCUUUUAAAAACGGGUUGAGAUAAUCUAACUACACUGGCAGAUCGAUUUAUCACCAACCAAGAACUUUUAGAACUCAAUUAAUUUUCAAUAAAAAUGCUAUUUAAAAGUAAUGCAAAGGUGAUAAAAAAAAACCAAUGGCAUGUAGGCCUAUAGAAACACUCAUAAAAGGGCUUUUCAACUUUUCACUUUAAGAAGUACUCUAUUUGAACUUCUCCUGUAUUUAUAAUAUUGACAACUUUGUACUGUGCAUUCCUAAAUUUAAUAUCUCUGCCUGCACUUGAACAUAUCUGCCCUGCAGUAAAUACGUUUAUAUCAGGUUACAAUAACAAAGGGAGCGGUGGUUGGGGGUGUGGUGAGGUUAUGUUUUGUAGUUUGUGUGGUUUAUAUAAUUACCUGUUUGUCAGUCUCUGUGGCCACUUGUUUGGUGAAGCGCACAAACAGGAGUCACAAUGGAUUGCCCAGGUGCGAAGAAGAAAAACAAGGAUGGCAAGGACAAGUCUGGAAGUAAGCAAAAGUCAAAGGACAAGGAGUGCAAAGAUGGCAAGAAGAAGGAUAAGAAACACAAGGAGAAGAAGGAUGGGAAGAAAUCAGGCGACGACUCUUCUUCAUCUUCUAGCAGUGACGAGGAGUGAUGCAUCCUGAGGGACCGGCCUGCUCUCUCUCCGUCUCUUCACUCCUGUUGAAACAACUAUACUUCCUGUUCUUUCUUUGGUGUCCUGUAAACCUUCUGGUGUUGUGUCAACAAAUGUGUUGAUUCCUAGAAGUAAAUGUUCUGACGAAAAAUGUUCGAGUUAUUCUGUCAAAUAAACGUUAUUUCCUUCACCACA